CAAAUGGCAGCCAAGCAUCGAUCAUCAUGUCACCAGAAUAAGACCCUCGAUAUUUAUUGGAAAGGAGCAUCACGCUCAUCACCUUGCACUUUCACCACCCUGUGACGUUUAUCAUAAUUUGUUUAAUCUGUAGCCUAAUAAACUGCAUGGUUUCCUGACCAGUGGCAGCGGGAGGACCACACAACAUGUCAUGACUCCAAGUUAUUAUAUCAACAUUUGCGCAUAAAAGCGUUUCCACCUAUAUUUCUCGGAUAAUUCAUUUUACUGACACAAAAAAAUCACACCUUGUCUAGUAUAUUUUGUUUUAUCAACAUUUGGAAAGUUUACCGAAAAAUGUUAUGUUUCUAUCAGGCAUGUCAUAAAAGUUUUUACCCGACACGUACUUUACUCACUUAUAAAAGUUGGAUGGAAACCUGGUUAGUGUCAGUGUUGAUUUAACCCUGGAUAAUUUGCUGUGCACACACACUGAAACCAACAAGGGGUUCACUUUGGUGUUUCAUUCUAGGCCUUAGUUUUUCCUUGUCGUGCCAUUAUGCAGCAAAUAUCAAGCUUUAGCUUUUUGUGCAUGACUGUAAUUUCCUCUUUAAUGAUUUUCAGUGUCACGUAGGUCCUAAAAUGUGCCUUGUCAGAAAAUCUAUCGAGGAUUAAAGGCGAGUUCCUAUUUGCAUGUGACUUUUAUUUAAGAAACCAAAUUGAACUGUAGCUUGUAAUGUAUAGCAUACAAUUAUGCAAAGUACAAACUGCGGACAACAGGGACUGUUGUCAUCGGUGCACUGAGUUUGAAUGCAGUCACAGCCACGGAUACAUCAUGUAAGUCUUUUCAUUCAAAGGUGAGUCCUUUCAUUCCAAUGAAUCAUGAUGUGUAGAUUUGUUCUGCACCUAUUUUACUAUUUCCUGAUUGGUAAUCUAUUUUGACUGUCACAGUUUGAAUGAAAUUGAGCUAUCAUUUUUAUAGGUACUAUAAACUUUAUGAAGACCUAGGGUAUAUUUAGUAUUCUUUUAACCAUAGUAAGGACUUAGCCAACACUGUGUCAACCAAUUUCUCUUUACAGAGUUUUUGCUAGAUGUGUCUUGGUUGAAGGAAGUGAGUCUAGCCUACGUUAUGAAUGUCAGUGGUGUUUUGGACAAUUUGCAAGUGUUGGAUUUCAAAUAUAAUCUCCUCUUAGUAACUCAAAUGUUUAAAAAGUUUAUUGAAACAUGAUAAUCCACAUUGAGUAUAAAUUACAUUAUAAAAGCCCAAAAUCCUCCUGGAAUAUGUCUUCAAAUGAGUCUGUUUCAUGUAUCAAGUAUUUGCCAAUGCAGUUUACGGUUCACAGUGUCCAGAAUACUGACCCAGUUACAGUAAGACAAACCACCAAAUGGUAUUUGAACCAUGUGAUAAAAAGGAAAUAAUUGAAAUUGUCAUAUAAAUUGAUAACAUACAUGUAAUAUGAUUUUCUUUCUUCUAUAGAUUUGACUGAGGCUUCUGACUAUCACCUAUAGCUUAUGCCAGAAAAUAGACCAUCCAGUCUGACUGAUUGACUUCUACUUCCUGCUGGGAAUAGAAGGCGGAGGUUGAACUUGAGAUAUAGUUCCUGAAAAAGCACAUCCCUUUGGCAGGAGCUGCUCGUAACCGAUAAACACUGGGACAGGAAACGAUGAAAGCAUUAAAAUAAGCAAGCAGGAAACAAUAUUUCUGUGUGUGUCAGAGAAGCAGGGGUGAGCUGUGAUGUGUUCGCUGUUGAAGUUUUGACAUCAUUUGCAUCUCUUCCAUAACUGGCAUGUUUACUAGUGUAGAUAGUGUAUCCUGGAUGCCUGGGUGCAACCCGAUCCUGUGGUGUUUGCUUGAGCCUCAUGUUGCAGUGGAUUUUCAGGUUGACUGACGGACCGUGUUUUGUGGUUCUGAUCUUAAGAGAGAGACACCAGGAUGGCAGCUCAAGGGGCCACAGAGAAGAGAGCCAACUUGGUGGCAUCUAAAGUCAUGUGGAGUAACAGGGAUGACGUACCUAUGUCAGCACCAGAACGGUCACAUGGCAGUGACAGAGCUGGAAUCUGUAGACAGAACAACGUCCGGCAGUGGCUUAGAAGUCACGAGGCGGAUGCAAAACCAGACCACGCCAGAGAAGCUGCAGCAGGGCUUCUAAAGAGGAACGCCAGCAGUGAGGAUGACUUAGCGUUGGGAGUCGAAGCAUCUUUAUUUGGUAAACAGGGAGUGAGGACCGUCCAGGAAUUUCUGAGGAGUUCCAGGUCCAACCCAGUUCUCACCAGGUGGAACAGCUUAACCUCAGCCUUCUCAGCACAGUCAGCUCCACUCAGUGUAAUGGAUGUGCUGAAUCUGUGGAGUGAUGACCCAGAGGAGGUCCUACUAGAUCUGGGCUUCGGCUGUGACGAGCCUGACAUCUCUGGACGGAUCCCAGCCCGCUUCAUCAACAACCAGUCCAGCGCCCGGGGAAUCAACAUCCAGGUGUUCCUGGACGCCCAGAAGAACCGCAUGGACAUAGAGAACCCUGAUGUCAGCAAUAGGUUCAGGCAGUUGGAGGUGCUGCAGCAAGUUACCACUGCGUUCUCAUCCCUGGUUGGUGGUGCGUCUACAGACUCCCUCUCCGAGAGCGGAGUUCCAGCUUUAGCUUCAGCCGAGGCCAGAGAGAAGAGGAAGAGGAUGGGCAUGCUGCUCCGCCGGGUCUCCAGAAAAACCCUCAGUCAGACCCAGUUUCAGACCCAAAUCCAGACCCAGGACUCCCAGGACACAAACCCAACUCCCCACAGUCCCGUAGCCCACUUACAGCAGCCCCUGGCCGGCCUCCCUGACAGGCGGACACCGCUGAAACGAGCCAGACAAGGCCUGGCUGAGAGUAUAUGUCUGACCCCACUGGCAGAGGAGCAAGGCCUAGCCUCGGAAGCACCAGAGCCCCACUUGGUCCCCCAGGAGGGUGCGCUCAGGCUGGAGGUGGUGAAGGAGUAUCAACCCCUGAUCUCCAGUGGUAUUCCAACCAGAAAGAAAAGUCCUGGGGAGGCCAGGGAGUCCUUUGAGAUGGAGGAGAUCCAGAGCUUUGAUGAGGGCAGUAUUUCUGGGAGCUACAUGGGAGCAUCUGACACCACAGCAGUGUGUGUGAUGAGGACUAACAGCUGCCAGUCUGACAGCAGUGGUUUCCUGGAAGAGCCCUUCAUCCCGUCCAUUACCCCGCAUCCCUCACCUGGACCUGAGCUCAUGAAGGCUUUGUCGGGAAUAUCUGGAGGCAGCACUGACAGCCAGAUCACUGUAAAAGGAGCUUCACCCCCCUUGUCCCCCCCAUCCACUUCCCUGGACCCUUCCCCUCCUUCCCUCACCACGUGCCACCCAAGACCAGAGUCUCCUCUAUACAGACCAGAGACAACAAGCCCUACAGAGGAGACACCCAGACACCAGGAUUCCCCCACACCCCACUCCCUCCUCUCUGAUGCCUUGGAGAUGACUAACUCUGCUUUUGGAGCCAGGCCAAGCCUAAUGGAAAACACUGUCACUGAGGAAGAUGGAUUCUCUUCGGCCUGCGGUGCACCUUGUCAUAAGCCAGACUCUCCGUUACGGAACGUUAUUAUUAUCAUGAAAACCGAUAAAGAAACAGAACACUUUACUCUGGAAUCAGAGGAAGCUGUUCCAAUAGGAGGAAAGGAAAAGGCCAUAGCGGAACAAAGUUGCAAUGUUCAGACAGGAACAGAGGCUGUUGGUGAUCAGGACACCGAUUGUUAUGGGUCACAUGAAGGCUCUCUGAUGGACUCGGUGGCUCUAGUGCAGAUAAAGAAAGAGGUGAAGACAGAAGUACAGAUUAGUUUUGGUUUGGAAGGUCCAGUGUUGGGUCCUGUUGCUGUUGGUGAGGUGGUGGAUCAAAGCUCUGAGACUGGAUCUGUUUGUCAGGACCGGUCCUCUGAAGAUCCUCUAUUAGGAUCUGACCCUAACCUCUCAGCAGUGCUAAGCCCUGCCUCCUCUCUCCCCCCAGCAGAACCUCUCUCUGCCUCCUCCCCUCCAGUGCACUGGGAAACAGGUGGCUCAGAGAUUUCAGAGGGAUCCUCAAGCUUGGUUGUCCAAGAGCCUGUCCCACCACUAUAUCAACCAGCAAACCCACCUCCAAGCCCAGCUUUAACCUCACCUUCAGAGCAAGUGUCACCUCCAUCUCCACCAUCAUCUCCAUCCUCAGCCUCUUCCCCACCACCAUCUCCAGCCUCAUGCCCACACCAACCUCCAGCCUCAGCUUUUCCGGCAGCAUCCAGCUCAUCUCCAACCCAAGCCCAUUCCCCAAUCCAAAACCAUUCUCUAUCAGCCCUAACCACAACACCAACCCCAUCCUCAAUUCCAAACUCACCAUCAGCCCAUUCCUUAACCGUAGCUCCAUCUCAAGCCCCAACCCCACUCGUCCCCCACAGUGGUGGUUUCAGGUCAGGCCGGUCUGUGUCUGUCCAGAUGCCCUCCUCCCUGCCCUCUGUCUCCCACUCUGCCCUCCGGAGAGGUGGCGUCCCACACACCCCCUCCCCGCUCGGCCCUUCCUUCGAGCCCCGCCCCCUGACUGACCUGACGCUCCGGCAGAGGCGGAACUCCUUCUCCAGGAAGGCGUGGUCAGAUGCUGAUGUCUCCCACUUUGCAGAACACAGAAACACUGCGGUUGCCAUGGGAAAGGCAGUCAUGACACCUGAGACGAUAUCCCUCCCGUCCCCCUGCCCCUCCCCCUCCCUGUCAUCGUCCAAUCGGUGGCUGUCUCGCGACGGUUCACGGAGAUCUGGAAGUUUCCAGAUGAAGUCCACCUCCUUGGACACGGGGCUGUGGCAGGAGGAAGAGGGGGAAGAUGUGGGGGAUGAGGAUAGACGGUGGGAACGAGCCCUGUUCUCUGGGCUUUCCUGCUGCUGCUCCUGUGAUCACCGCUGUAGCUGCUGUUCUCAGAACAAUUGCCUCAAACCGUCCUCCGUUUCAGCUUUCCCUUAUUCCCUGGAUGAGCUGGAGGGGAUGAUGCACUGUAUGAGGAAGUUCCGCUGUGUCCUGACAGACAUCGAGGAACAGCUGUCAGAAGACCAGGCCUCAGUGUACAGCUCACUCUCUGACACUGACAGAGAGGAAGUGCGAGACAUCUUGGAGCUGAGGAAAGCUGUGAAACAGGAAGCAGGAGAGUUGGAACUUCAGCUCACUGACCUGGUUCAUCGCUAUGACGACAGCUUCAAAAUGAAGAUGCACAGACUACUCGAUGAACAAUCUCACCUCUACACCCAGCUAAGGCUCCUCCCACUGAUCCCCACAACCACAUCCACCCCUGGCUCCGCCUCCUCCAGGAGCAUGGCCACUCAGUGCUGCCUGCUGCCCUGGCUGCCUUUGACGGACAUUUCCAGGCCACGCCCCUCAUCGCAGGCCACCUGGGAUUUGGAGUCCAGAUCAACUCUGCCAGAUUCCAGUUCUAUGGGCCAGAUGCUAAAACAUGGUUCUACAGGCACCAAGCCAGACAAACUGGACAUUGUGGGUUUCAUCCAGAGACUGAAGGAGUCCAUACGCCACUCUGUCAAUACUGACUCACUGGAGUAAAAGAGAGAUGCUGCAGCUAACUGAAGAUGAUCUGCUGUCUAAGUUAUAGUGUGUCCAAUCAACCUGGACUCGGGUAGAUGUAACAUAAUAAACGUAAAUCUGUCUCCCUCCAUUUCGUAUGAUAUGUUAGGUGUGGUAAGGUAUGUAUUUCUUUGUGGAUGUCCAUCAUCCAUUAUGUUAUGAAUAACAAUUCAUAUGAUAUGUUACGAAUUUGCGAUUUUAAGUAUCCCUAACAUUAGUUAAGUAGCUAACGUUAACUAGGCUAAGGGUUAGUGUUAGGAGACGGGUUAGCUAACAUGCUAAGUAGUUGCAAAAAGUAGUAAGUUUAUAUGCCCACCUCUCCACCCCGACCCACCACCCUCCUUUCGUUUUUGCCUUAUGUAACCUUAACAAACAUACCAUAUCAUAUUAAUUUGAGUGUACUGGAUUUACGUUGACUAUGUCUAGUCUAUGAAACCAGGCUGGUGUAAUCAAUGGAUUCUAUUACUACUAAAGUAGUCCAGUGUCGGCAUGAUGAAUAAAGAGCAUGAAUGCAUGAAAUCAUGUGUGCUUGUUCUAUAUCUAUAAUGUGCCAAUCCAAUACAUAACAUACUGUACAAAGAGUUUGUGUGUGUAUUGUUAUUCCCUUCGUAUCAACAACAGCAUUCGUCUCAACUAAGGAUGUGUUCUCAAACCUUACUGUGACAUGAAGUCUCCUACUGUUACCUACUUGCUUCAAUGCUCUGGGUAAGACGGAUCCCCAUCCACAUGAGAUCCAUGCAGUAUGUGUAUGCUAUAGAGAGUAGCGCCUAUGUCACCCCCCUGCUCUGGGUUAUGUCCUUAUUAGCACAAGAGGUGGUCUAGCUCACGUCUCCUGCCUCUUCAGACCCCAAUUAGCAGCUGUGAAGUACCAUUCCAGCCUCCGAGCCUGAUGCAUUUAAUGACCCCCUCCACUGGUGCUCCCAACUUUAAUGUAAGAGCACCACAUGCCAUUUAGGAACACCAGAAAAUAAGAUUAAAAAACAAAUGUUUUAUUGCAAUACAGCCUACUGUAUAUAGAGCCCCACAGUGGAAGUGUCAUAAUACCCAUAAACCUAACGGUCAAACAGGGAGUCACCUUGUCAUAGAGAGAUUUAGAUGGUUAUCAAAAUGCCACGCCAGGGUAAGCCUACACAACACAGCUCUUAUUUUAAGUGUUUGUAAAAUCCCCUAUAGGAAAAAUGAAUGGUGGAAAAACGAUUGCAACCAUUUCCUUGUUUGACUGCUAGGUUUUAUGGGUAUUAUGACUCAUACUGUGGUA